UUUGCCAAUUGCCAUAGCCAUAGAGCCUCACUUUUCCCGCAAAGGCGGUUUUUGGUUCCAUUUCUGGAGCUUGCGCCUGGAAGAUACUUUCUUUGAGAAACUGGAAUCGGGGAAGCAAAGAUUCACUGAUCUCUGAGUCAGCGGUCGCCGAUCUCUGUGUUCGUGAAGAAGAGCUUUGGAAAUGGCAAGUGGAGGCUAUGGAGAAGCUAACCAGAAGAUCGACUUCGUGUUCAAGGUGGUGCUGAUAGGCGACUCCGCAGUGGGGAAGUCUCAGAUUCUAGCUCGGUUUGCAAGAAAUGAGUUCAGCUUGGAUUCCAAAGCCACGAUCGGUGUCGAAUUCCAGACUCGGACUAUGGUCAUUCAACACAAGACUGUCAAGGCUCAGAUCUGGGACACUGCUGGCCAAGAACGAUACCGAGCAGUUACGAGUGCAUACUACAGGGGUGCUGUUGGGGCAAUGCUAGUUUACGACAUCACUAAACGUCAGAGCUUUGAUCAUAUACCUCGGUGGCUUGAGGAACUACGUAACCACGCUGACAAGAAUAUCGUUAUCAUCCUAAUCGGAAACAAAAGUGAUCUUGAGAACCAGCGUGCAGUACCCGCAGAGGAUGCAAAAGAAUUUGCCGAAAAAGAAGGCUUAUUUUUCUUAGAGACCUCUGCACUGGAAGCAACGAAUGUUGAAACAGCCUUCAUGACUGUGUUGACAGAAAUUUUCAAUAUUGUCAACAAACACAGCCUAACUGCUGCUGAAAAUCAAGGAAACAACUCCGCAUCCCUGUUAGGCAAGAAGAUUAUUGUUCCUGGCCCUGCUCAGGAAGUCCCAGCCAAGACGAACACGUGUUGUCAGUCAUCCUGAAUUAGAAUUUGGUUUCAAUCUUUCAGAUUCACGGGUGUGUUCCUACUACAAAGUUUUGAAGGGUCGGUGCCUCUUCCUUUUGUAAAUUUAAAUGACUUAAUAGUAUAUGUUGCUUUUUAGCUGCGAGUACAGAGUUAAAGAUGAAAGUCAUUGCGAAUCACCCAGCAUAACCUCCACGAUUUCCGCCUGCGGAUUAGCUGGAAUUCUUUUGAAGCUUGGAGGUAUGUUUCGAGGACAAGAUUUAGGUUGUAUUGAUAUGUUUGCGAUCAAUUUUUGUAAAAUAAUUAAUCUUUCAAAAGAUUAUUUUAUGCGUUAUGUUUCUCAUCAGAAAAA